UAUAUCCAUAUGACUAGAAAGGAUUGGUAAUUGCCGAGUAGUGUUAAGAGUAGGAGAUAGAAGAGGGAGAGAUUUUGGAUGAAAAACUCAAUGAAGAGCAGCGGGUGCAGUGAGCCAUCAUCAAGAGGAGACAUGAAUGUGAAGCCUGCAUGGUUAGAGAAGCUUAUGGCUGAGACAUUCUUUGGUGGUUGUGGGAUCCACCAGAAUCACAGGAAGAACGAGAAGAACGUCUUUUGCUUGCACUGUUGCCUUAGCAUCUGCCCCCAUUGCCUCCCUUCUCACCCCUCCCAUUCCCUUCUCCAGGUGAGAAGGUAUGUUUACCAUGACGUAGUUCGAUUGGGUGAUCUGGAAAAACUCGUCGAUUGUUCCAAUAUUCAGCCAUAUACCAUUAACGGUGCCAAAGUGAUAUUCUUAAAUCAGAGGCCACAGUCAAGGUCAUGCAAAGGCACUGCCAAUGCUUGCUGCACUUGUGACAGGAUUCUUCAGGAGCCCUUUCACUUCUGUUCUCUCUCAUGCAAGUUCGAGGGUCUAAGAGUUGAUUGCUAUACUCAAUUUGUCCCCACUUCCACUGAGGCUACCAGCAGCAACAACAAGACCAAUGGCUUCUUCCUAUCCCUUGGAAGCAGGAGAAAGGGUGCCCCCCAUAGAGCUCCUCUUUCCUAGCGUCACGUUCAACGAAUAAAAACAUGGCCACGUUAUUAAUGAUUGACAUUGAAUUAUGAACAAAUAAAUGAGUUUUAGUUUUCAAUUAUGUCAUGUUUGUAGUGCGUGUGUUUAUAUGCUUGAGUUAUUCUACGUGCAUUAAUCUGUAGAAUUAUUUUUUCAUUACCGUCUAAGGUGGUUAUUGAAGCCACCAAUUUUGCACUUUGGAAUGGAAAUUUUCGGUGUUUAA